CUUCCGGGGGGCUAGGAAGUGACGUGUCGUACCACUUCCCCUUCAGCUCGGCGCCCGGGAGGUGGGUCCCACGCGGAGUCAACAUGAGGAUCGAGAAAUGUUACUUCUGUUCCGGGCCCAUCUACCCGGGCCACGGCAUGAUGUUCGUCCGCAACGACUGCAAGGUGUUCCGAUUCUGCAAAUCCAAGUGUCAUAAAAACUUCAAGAAGAAGCGGAACCCACGCAAGGUCAGGUGGACUAAAGCCUUCCGGAAAGCAGCUGGCAAGGAGCUCACUGUGGACAACUCAUUUGAAUUUGAAAAACGUAGAAAUGAACCUGUGAAAUACCAGCGAGAGCUCUGGAGUAAAACCAUUGAUGCAAUGAAGAGAGUUGAAGAGAUCAAGCAGAAACGCCAGGCUAAGUUUAUAAUGAACAGGUUGAAGAAAAACAAAGAGCUACAGAAGGUUCAGGACAUCAAAGAAGUCAAGCAGAGCAUCCAUCUUAUCCGGGCUCCUCUUGCAGGCAAAGGAAAGCAGCUGGAAGAAAAAAUGGUCCAGCAGUUGCAGGAGGAUGUGGACAUGGAGGAUGCUUCCUAAUGGUGCCUCCUGCAGCCAGCCCUGGGCACACUAGAAACCAGUGGAGACUGUCGGUCCCUAAAUUACUGAUUGGUUACGUAAGGUCCCUCAGACAAAGGUGAUUCACAUGCUUCCCUCUUAGCCUGCAGCCUGUAGAAGCAUCCAUCGUGAGUGUUAGCUCUCAGCUCAGUGUUCUGCGUCACUGGUCUGUGCUCACAUAAACACAAAGGUUUGUGUGUAGAUGAAGACAUGAACUCUGGGUAUAACAUGGUUUGAGUUGUUGCUUAAUGGGACCAGGCAACAUUUCUGUACUGACCGUCUUGCUAGUGUGAAAUCUGUGGUGAUGUAACGUUUUCCUUGCACUAGGAUGUAUGUUUAUUAGGGUCAUUGCAGCAGAGGUCACAACAAGGAACUAACCGUUCUCAGGACCACCCCAGUUUCUUGCUUUGCUUUAAUCUGGUUAGUAGCUUCUUAGAGUUGCAUGCUGGCCGCAGCUGAAUUUCACUGGGCUGUCCUCCCGCUUCAGCCAUUCCAAUAGGCGGCCUGUGGGGGUGGUGGUGGGGCAGGGUUGACUGAACUUUGCCAAAUGGUACCUUAUUACUGCUUUGGAGAAUGCUCAAUUCCAAGUUGUGACUUCUGGCCCAACACCCCUCUCCUCCAAUUCUCUCCAGCCCAGCAGUGGUCUAGAAGCAGAAGAAUCUUGUUAUCUUUU